UCGUUUUUGUUCGUUUUUAAUGAGAUUCGAUGAGAUUGUUGGAUGGACGACGCGAAUGGUGUUAGGUGUAGUUUGACGUUUUGCGAGUUUAUGAUAUUUUUUUGCGAGCAACAUUUUGAUACAUUCGAAUCUCAAAUGUAAUAUUAAGUAGAAUCGUCUGAUUUUUUUGAGUGAUCACAAGCCUCUUGUAGUCCGUGCAUGUAUAACAAUAAAUAAUUGUUACGGAAUCAUAAUGCCGAUCUUAUAUAGCGUGGUAGCCAGGGGCUCGACAGUGCUCGCAAAACAUGCCUCUUGUACCGGUAAUUUUGACGAGGUUACCGAUCAAAUACUCGCUCGCGUAGCUCCUCACAAUGACAAGGUGACCUAUUCCCAAGGAGCGUAUUUAUUCCAUUAUAUCUCUGAAGAUUUUCUUGUUUAUAUGUGCAUUACCGACGACGACUUUCAAAGAUCUAGAGCUUUUCUAUAUCUGAAUGAGAUUAAAAGGAGGUUCCAGGCAUCUUAUGGUCACAGUGCUCAAAAUGCCAUGGCAUAUGCAAUGAAUAUUGAAUUUUCAAGGGUGUUGGCAAAUGAAAUGAAACAUUAUAGCGAAUCAAAAGAAUUGGAUACAUUAUCGAAGGUACACGGGGAAUUCGAUGAGCUUAAGGAUAUAAUGGUGAAAAAUAUUGAUAAUAUUGCUAUGCGUGGCGAACGUUUGGAACUUUUGGUGAACAAGACAGAAAACUUGACCGCUAAUUCCGUCACCUUCAGAAAGACUAGCAGAAAUUUGGCACGUUCUCUAUUUUGGAAGAAUGUCAAGCUUUACGUGAUCAUAGGCUUUGUUUUAACCGUCGUUGUUUAUAUAAUUGUGUCAAUAUCCUGUGGUGGUUUAUUGUGGCAAAGCUGUUUUGGCAAUUGAACGAAGGCAAAGACAGGCUUGAAAAUACCGACGAUUCGAGUCUCCGAAUCGAGAUGGUAAAUGCUGCUAAUUUCAUGGGAACUGACGCUUUAAUAUGAGAAAAAUUUACCAAUAUAGUUAAGUUUAUUAAGAAACACCACUCAGGGUUCUUUGAAUGAUCAUUGUUUGCAAAGACUACAUCCGAUUACGAUGGGAGAAGGAAUGUCGUAAACGCAGCACAUUACAUGGAAUAACGUUAUCACAGGCCACGGGGUGAAAAGUAUAAAUAUCUUAAAGUAAACCUAAUCUGCGAAUAUCUAUUCUAAUAGAUCUUCGUCUAGAGAAUACGAUCGAAUUAGCAUUAAAAAGAAUUUACAAUCGAUUGUACUCAUUGUACACAAUACCAUGCUAUACGACUGUCACGCGAUUGGAUAUUUUCAUAAUUCUUUAUAUACCUUAUGUCAUUAUAAUGCCUGUAUCCUCACGUGAUAAUCGAUAUAUGUAUAUAAAAAAAAAAUCGUUAAUCCUUAGUAUCUAGAACAUUUAAUAAAGCAAUCUGACAA